AUGCCAUCUUGCGCUCUUUUCGUCCCAGACUCGCGGAUAUAUAUUCACGCACACAAUGUCAGAGCCAGACACACAACAAUUUGGCUAGGCAGAGUGCAUCGACAUCGAGGAGGAGUCCAUUGCUCGAGCAGAGCAACGGCAAUGGGGGCCCCUACCAGCAGCACCAAGGCCUUCAAGCAGGGGUUCCUCAGGAGCUUCCUCCUGAGCCUGACAUCCUGCAGGAACGGCGCCAUGGGCCUGCAAGAGAGGAAGCGUGCCGUCAGGUCGUCCGCCGACAUCGCCAUGGCCACCACCCGCGGCAGCGGAGCCAUGUGGCCGCAGGCCCUCCUAGCAGCAGCAUCGUCAUCAUCGUCGCCGUCGUGGAGUAGGCGGUUGCCGGCUGCAGCCACGGCGAAGACGACGACGAGGCGGAAGAACAUGGCGAGGAGGCGCUGUCCCCAGAGGAGGACGACGACGAGCAGCGGCGAGAUCGCGAGGAGGCUGGUGAGGAAGCGGACCAAGGUGCUGCGGGGGAUGGUGCCCGGCGGGGAGCUCCUCGACGGCGCCUCGCUGCUCCGCGAGGCCAUGGACUACGUCGUCCACCUGCGCGCGCAGGUCGCCGUGCUCCGCCGCGUCUCCAACGCCAUGCAACAGAGACCGUCGUCCAUCCACAUGGCAGGGGCUGUUGCACCACCAGUGCAGUUGAAAACAGAGACGACCGGAACGGCUCAACACUCGGAAGGAAACGAAGAAUAG